UUUUUAAUUUGCAUAUUUUUUAUUUUAAUUCUUCCUUGUCGUGUAAAUACUUUCUUUUUAAUCGAUUUUCUUAUGUUUUUAAUUUUAUUUUUCUUCCUAAACAAAAAAUGUUUUAUUAUUUAUAAAUGCAUUAUUUAUUUAUGUUUAAUAUUUUUAAUCUUAAUCAUUUACAUUUGCUUUGUCUUAAGAAAUUCGACUUUCUGGUAAUAUAUGGGUUGUAAUGGGAGUACAAUUUUUAAUUGAUAUAACAUUUUCGACUUGUUUUUUAAAGAGCGUUUAUAUUGAAAAAGCGUUGAUACUUUUUUGGGUUUUUCUUUUUCUUAAAUCAAUCAUUUUUCCUCUUUUAAUAAUUAGAGCUUUUUCUUUUCAACUUUUUCUUUUUAAUAUGUUUUAACUUUUUUUUAAUUUUCAAAUUAACUUUCUUAUUCUGGGGUUGUCUAUUUUGUCACGAACCAUUUAGAAGGGGGCAACCCUAAAGGUCUACUCCCCCUAGGCCUAAACCCUGUGGCCCUUCACCUUGUAGACAUUCUGACUCUGAAGACCUAUACACUGUUGACUUUUUUACUCUGAAGACCUACAACUUUUUGAUCAACUCGUAUUUUUUGUUUUUUCUUUGCAUUUUAAUCGAUGUGGGGUUAAAAGGGAAAAAAGACUUGUAGGGAUUAAUGGGAUAUCGGGUGGAUCUAGAGGGGUUAUUCUUUUUCUUUUUUUAUUUUUGACGUCCUUUUAUUGAUUUUUCAAAUUUUUUUUUUUAAAAUAUGCAAAGCAAGUUUUCUUUUGUGUGUAUAUUUUACAUAUAUAUAUUUUAAUCGAUUUUUUUUCAAUUUGAAAGUAAAAGAUACUUAAUUUGUUUUUUCUUUUUUCCACAUAUUUUAUUUUUUAUUUUUUGAAGUAAAUUUAGUUUUUUUUGCAAGUUUUAUAAAUAUAUUUUUGCUUUUUAAUCUUUAAAAUAUUUUUUCCGUAUUAAUAUUCAAACUUUUUUUAUACAAAAAAACUUUUUUAUUAUUUUUUGAAGAUUUUUAACUUUUUUCCAGAAACAUUUAAUUAAUUUUUUAAAUUUUAACAUUUUUGUUCGUUUUUUGCUCAAGUUCAAUUUUCUUUUUAUUCUAUUAAUUUUUCUAAAUCAUUUUUAAUAAUUUUUUAAAAGCAAAAAAACUUUUUGAUCCAGCGUGCUGUCCUUUGUGUUUUUUGGGAACAUUUUACUUUCGUUUCAAAUUUUCCUGUUCUGUGAGUUGUGGGCCCGACCUUUUUUGAUUUUAGUAAGUGUUUUGGGUCAUUGAUUGGUUAAGUAUGUAUUAAGUUAAAUAUUUUUUCUGUUUUGAAAAAAUUGUAUUUUCUUUCUUUUAUAAUGUUGUUUAACUUUUUUUGCUUUUAUUUUUAUUUUCUUUUGUUCAUUUUUUAGGUUUUUUGUCGAAUGCAAAGAAGUUAAAAGGGAAGGGGUUUUGGUAUUGUUCUGG